CAUAACCUGUGUUUGUUCAGAGGUAUGAAAUAUCACUAAAGAACUGUUUUUACGAGAUUAAUUAGAGUUUUUACUAUCUAUCCCUGAAUUUUAUUGUAUUUAUAAAACCAAAUGGUUAUCUCGAGGAAGUUAGUAGCCUAAGUUGUUGACACCAUUUCUUCAGGAAUUACUGGCACCACUUGAAGGUAUCGAGUAAAGAUGAUGCGCUACUGGGGUGAGCUCCCGGUGGCCUCUGCCCCGCCAGGCCGCAGCUCCUUUGAUCUCCUGCAGCGCGAAUUUCGCCAGGUCGAGAUGCAAGACCCUCCUCUGCACCAGCCGUCAGCACGACGUCCUCGGCCCACCACCAUGCUGGACAUUCCGUCUGAGCCCUGCAGCCUCACAAUCCACACCGUCCAGCUGUGCCAGCAUGCCCGACGACUCCGCAGCCUAAUCACGACAGCACAGCUGGGCCAGCAACCCCCAGGCACUGGAUCUGAAACUCAGGGUUUUCUCAAACCAGAAGAUAUGGAUUCGCUGCCACCACGUCCGAUCACACCUGCAGCACCGGAUGAUCUGCUGCCUCUGGAUAGCAAAGCUUCUCGUGAGCUGUUCCAGCUGCGGCACAGCGACCCAGAGAGCGACUUUUACAAGGGUGAAGGAGAGCCAGUGACGGAGUUGAGCUGGCCCUCAUGCCGCCAGCUCCUGUACCAGUCAGUUGCCACAGUGUUGGCACACGCAGGUUUUGAGUCAGCGAUGGAGAGCGUGCUGGAGACCCUGACUGACCUGGUGCAUGAGCAUUACCUGCGUCUGACUCGGCUGCUGCGCGUCGCCGUGGACCGCGAGGCCCGUCUCGGCUCCACUCCUUUUCCUGACGUGGUGGAGCAGGUCUUCCAUGAGGUGGGCAUCGGCAGUGUGCUGGCUCUGCAGCGCUUCUGGCAGGUCCGCAUUAAAGACUACCACAGCUACAUGCUUCAGGUCAGCAAAGAGCUGUCAGAAGAAUAUGAGAGAUUGGUAAAUCCAGAAAAGGCUCUGGAGGAUCCCAACCCACAGAAAGUGAAAGAGGAACCUAUUAAUGAUCUCGCCUUCGCUCUGAAUGAAGAAGCUGAGGGGGAGUCGACUUCAGCAGAACAAGCAAUGUCUACUGGAGUACUGGGAAUAUCCAGUGACAGACUGGCUGGAGGACUGGAGGAUGGGCAAUCACCUCACACCUCAGGUGCAACAGGAAAUGGCUCCCCCUUGUGGCAGCUGCAGCAGGUAAAAAUGGAGCCGCAGGACAGUGAGGAGGGCCAGGUUUCAGGUCAUGGCGUUCUCACAAGCGAUGUCUUUGAGGAGGGCCCGAUGUCCACCAUGAGCGACGCUGGAACAGCUCCAUCUCCCGGCGGCUCGGACGCCAGCUAUGGCUCUCACUCUCCGGACUCUCUGAUAGGCACCUCCCCUUUCAACCAGCGGCCGAAGAAACGAAUGCGCAAAGUAUAACUACAUGUUUAAAGACUUGUUACACAAUCAUGAUGAUUGUGAUCAGAGAUAUGGUUUGAUUUUGUAUUAGUGCCAGUGGAAAUAAAUCGAGGUUAUGUUAAAA